CAGCAGUCACAGCUAGAUGAUAUCCAUCUUUUGUCAAAUGAACGUCAAAAAUAGACAAUUUUAUCUAACCUAAUGAUCCUAAACUGCCACGUCAAUUCUCUUAAUAACACACUGCGUAAAUGCUCCUUAAUCUGCUGCUACGAAAAGUAAAAUCGGAUGUUCAUUUGACAAAAGAUAGGAUCCCUUCUAGCCGUGAAAAAGGGUACCGCCCCUACUUAUCAUCCCAGGUGUACUGAACUUCCGUACUGCUUCCUUGGUCGUUUUGACACCUCUGUUCACGCUAUGUUAUCGCAUUCCCGAUGUCUUUGCAGGACACUUGGGCGCUCCCUGUCUGCGCUAAGUCAGGGUAAUAAUGUGCUGGCUGGGAGGACAACUUCAGGCCUCUCCACUGGCAACAGGGUUGUCUACAGGAACACUCAGUUAUGUGAGCCUCCGUCAUCAAUUGUUGUCUUCCACAUCAGAUACUUCAAGACAUCUACAGCACAUAGGGACGAAGUUGUCACUGUCAACACCCCUCCGUUCUCUGAGUCGAUCACAGAAGGGGACGUCAGGUGGGAGAAAGCUGUUGGAGAUUCAGUGAAAGAGGAUGAGGUGGUGUGUGAGAUCGAGACUGACAAGACCUCGUUGCAGGUGCGAUCUCCGGCGGCCGGUGUGAUCACGGAGCUCCUGGUGCCAGAUGGAGGGAGGGUAGAGGCCGGGAAUCCCCUCUUCAAACUCAAAAAAGGAGAUCUGAAUGUCUCUUCUUCUUUGGUCAGCCGCAGCAGCCAACGCCGCCCCAGCAGCAGAGGUCCCUGCAGCAGCAGCCAACGCCGCCCCAGCAGUAGAGGUCCCUGCAGCAGCAUGAGCCCCUCCCCCAACGAUGGCCGCCGUCCCUGUCGCCUUACCCCCCGUGGCAGCACAAGCCAAACCUUUUUCUGCGGUCAAGCCCAGUCUGCACCAGACUGCACCAGACUGUGGUCUGCACCAGCACCACCAGCAGCAGCCCAUGGGGCCAGGACAGAGAGCAGGGUAAAGAUGAAUCGUAUAAGGCUGAGGAUCGCCCAGCGACUGAAGGAGGCUCAGCAGACUUGUGCCAUGCUCACCACCUUCAACGAGAUAGACAUGAGCAACAUCCAGGAGAUGAGGAAGCUCCAUAAAGAUGCUUUCUUGAAGAGACAUAACAUCAAGCUUGGCUUCAUGUCGGCCUUCGUUAAGGCUUCAGCCCACGCUCUCAUGGACCAGGCUUCUGUCAACGGAGUGAUUGACGAUACAACCAAAGAGAUCGUUUACAGGGAUUAUGUUGACAUCAGUGUGGCUGUGGCCACUCCAAAGGUGGAGAUCAGACCCAUGAUGUACGUGGCUCUGACCUAUGACCAUCGGCUGGUCGACGGCAGAGAGGCCGUCACCUUCCUGCGUAAGAUCAAGUCUGUGGUGGAGGAUCCCCGCGUUCUUCUGCUCGACAUGUGAUGUGAGCAACAGGGCCACGUUCAGUAGGCACUAAUGUUGUUGAGCGUUACAAAGAGCAGUGUUGUGACUCUCUUUAACAAACCCCGGAGAGGUAUGUGGUUGUACAUAAUGCUCCACAAACGUUGUGGCCUGCUGAACACACCCGCAGCGAUUUAAACAUCUGUAUAAAACCAACCCGUCCCAAAAACAGCCAAAUCCACUGUUGUUUAUUUUUGGUUGAAAAAAGAGAUCUGUUUGUGUGACAAAGACAUUAUAGUUGGCUGAAAGGCACAAACAGAAAUGGGGCUAAGAGAGAAUUUAAUGUUUAGAUUAUUCACUUAUUAUUAGUUUGUUUCAUUCAGCAGUUUUUGCUCAGAUUGAAAUGUCAGAUUGAUUCAACAUCAUACAAUGUAUCACUGACUGAUGAACCGACCAGAUCUGUUCUGUCUCAAUAUUAUACUGGCUCCCUGAUGAACUUAUCAGGUCUGUUCUGUCUCAAUAUUAUACUGGCUCUCUGAUGAACUUAUCAGGUCUGUUCUGUCUCAAUAUUAUACUGGCUCUCUGAUGAACUUACCAGGUCUGUUCUGUCUCAAUAUUAUACUGUCUCUCUGAUGAACCGACCAGGUCUGAUCGGUCUCAAUAUUAUACUGGCUCCCUGAAGAACAGACCUGGUCGGUUCAGUCUCAAUAUUAUACUGUCUCUCUGAUGAACCGACCAGGUCUGUUCUGUCUCAAUAUUAUACUGGCUCUCUGAUGAACCGACCAGGUCUGUUCUGUCUCAAUAUUAUACUGUCUCUCUGAUGAACCGACCAGGUCUGUUCGGUCUCAAUAUUAUACUGGCUCUCUGAUGAACCGACCAGGUCUGUUCUGUCUCAAUAUUAUACUGGCUCUCUGAUGAACCGACCAGGUCUGUUCUGUCUCAAUAUUAUACUGUCUCUCUGAUGAACCGACCAGGUCUGUUCUGUCUCAAUAUUAUACUGGCUCUCUGAUGAACCGACCAGGUCUGUUCUGUCUCAAUAUUAUACUGGCUCUCUGAUGAACCGACCAGGUCUGUUCUGUCUCAAUAUUCAACUUUUCCAUUCAAAGCACUUACAUCAAGAAAAGGUCACAUGCCAAAAAAGCAUCAACAUUUUACGGUGUUCCUCUUAGCACCAGAGGGCUUUUCAAUCAGCUGUAAAUGGUCUAUCCAUGCUACCCAUUUUUAAAGCCAAAUACGUGUUUUUAUAAUUCUAGUCUAAAGAAUUUGCUCAGUCAGACAAGAUGAAGUCCAUUCUAGAUCGCCUGUUCUGUAUGACUGUCUCAUGUCAUGGUUCUGUUCUGUAUGACUGUCCCAUGUCGUUGUUCUGUAUGACUGUCCCAUGUCGUGGUUCUGUAUGACUGUCCCAUGUCGUGGUUCUGUAUGACUGUCCCAUGUCGUGGUUCUGUAUGACUGUCCCAUGUCGUGGUUCUGUAUGACUGUCCCAUGUCGUGGUUCUGUAUGACUGUCCCAUGUCGUGGUUCUGUGUUUUGACAGUGCUGUUCCUGGGGUUGGUUAAAGGGUCACCUCUUCAUGUCUAGUCUCUUGGUGCAGGAACUUUUCCUGCUUCUUUGGGAUGACUGUCCACUGAGUGGGCAUUGCUCCUUUCAUCGAAACCACCGCAAACAUCGUUUGCAUACUAAAUGGCAUCCGAUUCACUCUAUUAGGGCCCCUAUACAGGGGGAGAAGGGUGCCAUUUCAUACGCAGACAUUUCCACAUUGUAGUGAAGCUUCUUUUUUUUGGUAGAGAAGAGAAACCACUUCCUUUCCUUCGCCCUCUGGAGAUAGUUCUGUCAGUCCAUGACAAGGCAACAUGCCGUGUAACACCCGGGCCACAGUGUUUGGGUACAGUCUUCAAGUCGCACUUCAUGAUGAAUUCUUCUUCGUUGAACCCCAGGAAGCAGAUUCUCUAUGUGCCGUAUACAAUACUUGGGAAACCCCAUUUAAAAACAUCCCAGAGUAUUAUGUACAGAUUCUCGUCUUGGUUUUUCUUCUCCUCUCUGAUCUUAUCUAAUGUGUUUUAUAGCUUUUCCUUCGUGGAUCAGAGAAACCCCCCCUCCCCAGUAGAGCAAGCAGAAGCACAGUGUCAAGGAAAAGACAGAUUGGUUUCAAACGCACACGACACAUCCAAUAACAUGCAGGUGCUAGGUACAAACAAACAAACAAAAUAACCAUGAAAUAAAGGGCCGAUGCAUCAUGGGUCAGAAACGUUGCGCAAUAAAAGUGUGUGAACUUUUA